UACUCUUUGUUGAUUUUGAUACUGUAAAUUAUUAUUAUUAUUUUUUGGAUACUUCCUCUGCCUCUUCCCGACCAAGAAAAAUGCCUCUCCGGUUCUUGAUCUUUCUUUUCCUCUUCCUUUUCAACUCCAAUUGCAAAGCACAGGAUAAUGGUAACAAUCUUUGUUCCUCUUCUUCCUGUGGCAAGAUCCAAAGAAUAAGCUACCCUUUUCGGCUAAAAGCCGAUCCAAAGAACUGCGGAGACAAAAGCUAUGUCCUGUCUUGUGAGAACAACAUCACAGUUCUGAAUCUUUAUUCUGGAAAAUACAUAGUGGAAUCUAUCAAUUACAAUAAUGAAACCAUCAGAAUUGUGGAUCCCAAUAUCCAGAAAGGUAAUUGUUCCUCUCUACCAAGUUAUUCUCUGUCAUACUAUAACUUCAGUUGGAACGAUCCUUAUGCGCUCACUCAAUUGGACCGGAAGACAUACAACCAAGUUUUGGAUACAAAGUCCAUAGCUUUCAUGAGCUGCGAGAAUCCGGUCAAAUCUCCACUUUACAUAGACACUUCUUCUUGCACAAAUGGCGCAUUGUCCCAAUCCAAAAGGCAUACUUAUGUUGUGGUCAAUGGAUCCUCAAGUGUUUCUGAUAUGGUUGAUUCCUGCGGUGUAGAGCUAAUGGCUAUGGUGACGAGGCUGGGAAAUAUUAAUGGCAGCAAUGUUUCCUUCAUGGACGUUCACAAUGAGUUGGCAUUUGGGUUUGAGCUUUCCUGGUCAGCGGGCGCCGUCCCACGGCCUACAGAAACAAAGUCAUUCAAACAGAUUUUGAGGGACAUUUGGAGUUUCUUUGAUGCUUCCCGCUACGCCAUACCAAUAUUUACUGGACUGUUGUUAGCAGCAAGGUUCGUAUUUGGGUGUCCAUUUGUGUUUAUCUUUCUCAUCUACAAAUGGAGAAGGCGGCAUUUAUCAAUGUAUGACAAAAUCGAAGAAUUUUUACAAAGUUAUAACAACCUGAUGCCUAUAAGAUACUCAUAUUCAGAUAUCAAAAAGAUGAGUAGAGGCUUUAAGGAAAAAUUGGGUGAAGGAGGCUAUGGUUCUGUGCAUAAAGGAAAGCUUCGUAGUGGUCGUCUAGUAGCAAUCAAGGUGUUAGGCAGUUCAAAAUCUAAUGGGGAAGACUUCAUAAACGAAGUUGCAACCAUAGGAAGGAUUCACCAUGUGAAUGUUGUGCGACUUAUUGGAUUUUGUGUUGAGGGAUCAAAGCGCGCUCUUGUUUAUGACUACAUGCCUAAAGGGUCUCUUGAUAAACACAUAUUUUCUGAUGAAGGAACUAACGCUUUGAGUUGCAAGAAGAUGUUUGAGAUUUCACUAGGAGUGGCUCGUGGAAUCGAAUAUCUUCAUCGAGGAUGUGAAAUGCAAAUUCUGCACUUUGAUAUCAAGCCUCACAACAUUCUUCUAGAUGAGAAUUUUGUUCCAAAAGUUUCUGAUUUUGGGCUAGCAAGAUUAUGCCCUUUAGACAACAAUGUUGUCUCACUAUCUGCAGCUAGAGGGACUCUAGGAUACAUAGCUCCAGAGUUGUUUUACAAAAAUAUUGGAGGAGUUUCAUACAAAGCUGAUGUGUAUAGUUUUGGGAUGUUAUUAAUGGAAAUGGCAAGUAGAAGGAAGAAUGUGAAUUCAGCUGCAGAGAAUUCAAGCCAAGUUCACUUCCCUUCAUUGGUGUCUAAUCAAUUCAGUGAUGACAAGGACAUUGAUUUGGGAGAUGCCACAGAAGAGGAAUCCAAAAUAAUAAAGAAGAUGAUGAUAGUAGCAUUAUGGUGUAUACAGUUCAAGCCUUCCGACCGUCCUUCGAUGAGCAAAGUCGUAGAGAUGCUCGAAGAAAAGAUUGAGCGCUUAGAAAUGCCUCCUACUAAGUUCUCCUUCUAUCCACAUGAGGAGCUAGCAGAGGAUCUUGGAGACGGUUCAUCCACAACAUGGUCAUCAUCCAUACAAUCAGGAGACAUGACCUCUACUGACAACUGUUCGAGUCUAGAAAAAAAUUAGGAGACAAGAUUCUAGCUUUUUAGUUUGAGAAUGUACAGAGGAAAGCUUAUUUUAAUAAUGCCUUUAUCUAUGCUUCUUGUAUAAAACUUGUUAC